UGCGGGGGGAUUGUGUGGAGAUCUGCGGGGCGGUACAGGUCCUCCUGCGGUUCUGAGCGCAGCGCAGCGCGGGGAUCUGGAUCAGAACCUGCAGCAGCAGCAGAACCGAACCCGGACUAACCGCACUCUGACCCGGGAUAAUCACAGGGAUGCCGGACGUCCCGUCUCUCCGCAGUGACCGGGGUGGACGCAGGACGAUGUCUCGGCGCGGGUGCUUCAAGAGCUCAAAGCACGGGACGUCCCCCGAGCAGUGCGCCCCGCCGCAGGGUCCCGGCAUCCACGUUUACCUGUUCUGGACCAAAACUGGAGACACCUACUUCACACACCUGGAGGACGGGGAGGUGACUGCCGAGGACCUGUCCAUCAGAGCCGCCCAGAUCGUGGGGAUCACGCCUGUCUGUCAUGCGCUGUUUGCGCUGUACGACCCGUCGUCCUGCUGCUGGUACAGCCCUAACCACAGCUUCAACUCACAGAACCAGUCCAGCCUGAUCCUGCACCUACGCAUGAGGUUUUAUUUUAGGAACUGGCACGGGCUGACUGAGGAGCCCACAGUGAGCCGCUAUGCCCACAGGACGGGCACCGAGCCGGCGGGCGCUCCUCUGCUGGAGAUGUCCUCUCUGGAGUAUCUCUUCGCUCAGGCGAAGUGUGACUUCGUGAAUGACGUGGUGUCGCUGGACGAGCUGGUGGACGAGGCGCAGCAAACCUGCUUUAAGAACGAGAGUCUGGGCAUGGCCGUCCUGCACCUCUCCCACAGAGCCCUGCAGAACCAGUCCACCCUACAGGACGUCGCCAAGCACACCAGCUUCCUGCGCUGCAUCCCUCGCUCCUUCGCUCGACACAUCGCCCGGGACAACUUCCUCACCAAGUUCCGGAUCCGCCGGGUCUUCUCGGAGUUCGUCCGCAGUUUCCAGCAGCACACGGUGGGGCAGGGUCACCUGGGGGCACAGGAAGUGAUGUAUAAGUACCUGUCCACGCUGGAGCGCCUGGCGCCGCGCUUCGGCACGGAGACCUUCCCCCUGUUCCACCUGGAGGUCCGGUCGGACGGGGACGGCAGCGGGUCCUACCUCAACGCUUCCCGAGCUCACGACCCCUCGCAGGAGAUGCUGUGUGGGCAGCCCACCCACGAGGUCAUGGUAUCGGGCACCGCGGGCAUCAAGUGGAGAAAGAUCUCGUGCCGGAGGGCUCAGGAGAACAGUUAUAUGGAGAAUGAUUACCUGGCGGAGAGGAGGGAGGAGGGAUCUCAGUCUCGGCAGGAAGGAGAAACUCUGGAGUCGUUUUGUGAUUUUCCUGAAAUCUCUCACAUCGCCAUCAUGGGAGCGAACGUCUGCAUCUGCCGCCAGGACAACUCCACCAUGGACCUGCGUCUGAGGUCCAGUCAGGAGGCUCGUUCUCUGGUCUCUCUGCUGGACGGGUAUUUCAGGCUGACAGCAGACGCUCAUCACUAUCUCUGCCAUGAGGUGGCGCCGCCGAGAGUGGUGCUCAGCGAAGCCAACGGACUCCACGGCCCCAUCCUGGAUGAGUUUGUGCUGCGGAAGCUGAAGAAGGAGGCGGUGGAGGACGGGGCGUAUAUCGUACGCUGGAGUGUUCUAGAUUAUCAUCGGAUCAUCCUCGCCGUCCUGAACCGAGCCCAGAACGGACAGAACCCGACCCAUAAGCAGUUCCGGAUCCUGCGGGGGGGUUCUGGGUUUAUGCUGGAGGGCUGGGAGAGAGAGUUCAGCAGUGUGAAGGAUCUGACCGACGCCCUGAAGACCUUCGUCCUGAAAUCAGGACAGGACUGUUUCACCAUCAAAAAGUGCUGCCUGCCCCGACCUGCAGAGCUGUCUAACCUCCUGGUGGUGAGACAGGGCAGGAACAGCAGCACUAAACCCGUGUCUGAAACCCUCAACCUGUCCCAGCUCAGAUUCCACCAGAUCAAAGACAAAGAGAUAACACAGAAGCAGCACUUGGGCCGCGGCACCAGAACCAACAUCUACUCAGGAUGUUUGAUGGUACGCGGUGGAACUGAAGACGAGGACGAAUCCAACAAUAACCACACAAACGGCAAAGGCAUCCGAGUAGUUCUGAAGAUUCUGGACCAGAGCCACAAGGACAUAGCCCUGGCGUUCUUCGAGACGGCGAGUCUGAUGAGUCAGGUGUCUCACAGUCACCUGGUUUUCGUUCACGGAGUUUCAGUUAAAGGAUCUGAGAAUAUCAUGGUGGAGGAGUUUGUGGAGUUGGGGCCGUUAGACGUGUUUCUGCACAGGGAGAAAGGUCGAGUGACGCCGCAGUGGAAGUUCACGGUGGCGAAGCAGCUGGCCAGCGCUCUGUGUUACCUGGAAAUGAAGCGCCUGGUUCAUGGGAACGUCUGUGCUAAGAACAUCCUGGUGGCGCGGGCCGGUCUGGAGGAGGGCACGUCUCCGUUCGUGAAGCUCAGUGACCCGGGGAUAUCCCUCACCGCUCUCUCACGAGGAGAGCGGGUGGAGCGUAUCCCGUGGAUAGCGCCGGAGUGUGUGCUGGGUGGUGCAGUGAUUGGCAGCGCUGCAGAUAAGUGGAGUUUUGGAGCCACGCUGCUGGAGAUCUGCAACAACGGAGAUCUGGCCAUGAGCGGCAGCACCUUACCUGAGAAAGAGCGUUUCUAUGAGACUCAGAGUCGGCUGGCGGUUCCCUCCUCUCAGGAUUUGGGCAGUUUUAUCAGCAUGUGUUUAACCUACGACCCGGCGGCUCGCCCGUCCUUCAGAACCAUCCUCAGAGAACUGACCGAGAUCCAGAUCAAGAAUCCGGAUAUUUCUUCAGACUGUGAGGCUCUUCCAGAUCGAGAUCCCAGUAUUUUCCUUAAACGCCACCUGAAGAAAAUCCGAGACCUGGGGGAGGGGCACUUUGGGAAGGUGAUGCUGUACGUGUAUGACCCGGCGAAUGACGGGACGGGGGAGUGCGUGGCGGUGAAGACGCUGAAGCAGGAGGGAGGGAAUCACCUGCACGACUCCUGGAUGAAGGAGAUCGAGAUCCUGAAAUCACUUUACCACAUUAACAUCGUCAAAUACAAGGGCUGCUGCACUGAACUGGGUGGUCAGGUGGUUCAGCUGAUCAUGGAGUAUCUUCCUCUGGGGAGUCUCAGAGAAUAUCUCCCUAAACACCGACUGGGAAUCGCCCAGAACCUGCUCUUCGCCCAGCAGAUCUGCCAGGGGAUGGAUUACCUGCACUCUAAGCGGUAUAUUCACCGGGACCUGGCGGCGAGGAACGUUCUGGUGGAGAAUGAGGGCGUGGUGAAGAUCGGCGACUUCGGACUGACCAAGUACAUUCCUGAGGGGGAGAUCUACUACCGGGUCCGGGAGGAUGGAGACAGCCCCGUGUUCUGGUAUGCUAUAGAGUGUCUGAAGGAAAGUAAGUUCUCCUUCUCCUCGGACGUUUGGUCGUUCGGUGUGACGCUGUACGAGAUUCUGACUCGCUGUGAUCAUCGCCAGAGUCCGCCUACGAAAUAUGUGGAGAUGAUGGGCGUGGUUCAGGGUCAGAUGACUGUGAUGAAGCUCAUUAACCUCCUGGAGAAACACAGGAGGCUGCCGUGCCCACGGGACUGCCCACACGAGGUGUAUAUGUUGAUGGAGCAGUGCUGGGAUUUCUCUCCGGCGCAGCGGCCGGAGUUCCGCGGUCUCGCCGAGUCUCUGGAGGAAAUCCGGCGGUCGUACGAACAGCAGCCGACCGUCCGGCUCGCCCAGAUCAACCAUCGCUAAUAAAUUUAUUACCUACCGAACAGAGGACACUUCACAGGUUAUGCAACUAAAGUGCUUUUAAAGGAGAAGUUCACCAUAAUUCACACUUAAUCACUUUUAAAUCGGCUUUUAUAUCCAGAAUUUUAUUUACUAAAGUAAAAACUGAAGUAGCUUUUUCAUCCGGGCCAGAACUAUACAGCUGUGUAAAAAAAUAAGAUUCCACUUAAAGUGAUGAGUUUCUUUGAUUUUAUCAAAUUAAAAUCCUCUGGAAUAUAAUCAAGAGGAAGAUAGAUGAUCACAAACCAUCAAACCACCAAACUGAACUGCUUGAAUUUUUGCACCAGGAGUAAAGCAGCAUAAAGUUAUCCAAAAGCAGUGUGUAAGACUGGUGGAGGAGAACAUGAUGCCAAGAUGCAUGAAAACAAAAAACUGUGAUUAAAACCAACCAGGGUUAUUCCACCAAUUUUUUUGAUUUCUUACCUUUUUUAAAACUUUAUGAAUAUGAACUUUGUUUGUUUGUUUGUUUGUUUAUGUGUUUGUCACUGUGAGUAAACAUGCUGUAAAUAGAGUUUGUGUUUUAUGUUAAUAAGCGUAAUCCUUUAUUCUCUGGAUUUGCCUUAAAACUCACACUGAAUUAGUUUUCUUUCUUUUCUUUAUUUUAUGUUUUUCUAUGUUUUCUGUUGUUUAUUGUGUUAUUAGCACUUAUUAUCAGAUCUGAUUAUUGAUGAUAAUGAAAGAUUAUUAAAUGAUAAACAGUAUCAGAGGCUUUUUUCUGAAUGGUAAUAAUAGUUGGGACUGUUUGGUCUGGCUGUGCCUUAUGUGUUUUAAAUCUGUAUUUAUUUUCUUUUUUUCUCUCUUUUGUACAAAACAUAGAUAUAUAUAUAUAUAUAAUCUGUUCUAAAAUUCUUACGAAUUAACCCGUAUUUAGCUGCGGUGGCGUAUCCACAGAAUCAGCUCAGACAUGUGAUUUGUUAAGGGUGUAUUUAGUUAUUUUGCAGGAAUAGAUUAAAAUACAUUAAAUUCAACAGUCAAAAUGUUGAAUGCUGAAAUUCAUAUUAAAGCGACAGUCUGUGAGGUUUGGUGAUUUGGGGAUUUGGAGACCUCUCUGGUGAGGGUGGGUAACUGCACCUCACCUAUUGCUAUUGUGAUAUCUCCAUGUUUGCAGUACCUUCUGACUCAGGUAACCAGUGAAAUCUGUUGGAUUGACGCAUGAUGUAGCCAGAAAAACUCUCGAUAAAACCUACCAGACCACUCUGUGUUCAGUAUGAAAUAGAAACCUUUAAGCCAUGACCGGGGAAUGAUGAAAGAGGAACAUUGAUAUAAUUAAUAUGAAUAUUUUGUCCCCUCCCCGCUCAGGAAAACCACUCUUUACAAUAUAAAAGAAAAAAAUCUUAAGGACUGCUGCUUUAAAUGACACAAUUAAUCCCUAUUAGUUUGUUUUAUAUGUACGAUAUGUUUGUAUCGAUAGUGAAAGAGUGGUAAAUGUUGUAUAUGAGCUCUGUGAAUCCUGUAAUCACACCCUUACUCUCUCUACUCAUGUCUGGGAUGAUUGAGCAUGCUCUUACUGUACUGGCAUUGCCUACUAUUGCCUUUAUAUCCUGUUGUGAGUUUACUGAAAUACUCUGUAUCCAAAGCUCAGUAUACGAAUAUGCCUUAAAUAAACGUACAUGUUCAAUCAGUAA